AUGAGUGCAGGUAUCAAACCUGGUUCUGCCAUACUCCCAUCAUUUAAACUUUCCAACUUUCAGUGUCCAAACACCUACGUCCAUGGGGUAGAACCAGGAAGCCAGGAGGGACCUUUCUAUUUGAUCUUGGAAACUGAGAGACUUUGUACUGCCUGGUUAGAACAAGCUUCUGGCCAUUAUUCCAUUUAUCCAGAGGCAGAAGGGACCCUCUUGCCUGUCACUAGAACACAGUUGCCAGUUUCAACAAAAAGCUAUAUUGUAUUGCCUAAGGAAACAGUGUUUCCUCUUACAAGGUACAAUCUUGGCUCCUCUGCCACGAGGGGGGGUGUUCUUGAAAAUGUGCUCCAGAGACCUUCCUAUUUAACCAGGAUGCAAAUUGCAUUGCUACAUAAUUCCCCCUGCUGAGGCCCUAUGAAAGGAGGAAGUUGGGACAGAUACAGCAAGAUAUUAGGGCAGAUUUUCCCCCAUUCUUCCUGCUCUACUACACAGAAGUGAACUUGAUUUCAACAAGAUGACCCAAUUCUUAGCAUGCUUUUCUACCCACUUUUACCCAUAACGCUUCCAAAUCACUGUCUGAUUCACAUUGUGCAGAGAAACCAAAUGGAAAAGAAAAGAUAAACUGGCCACUAAAAAGUAAAAUGGCAUUUAAUUAAAACUAAGCUUCCAAGUUAAUGAGGGGGGGGGGAGUGGGAAAUGGUAUUUUGUUAAAAAACACACACCCACAAAACAAAACAAAAGCUCUGUGAUUAAACCUCAGGACAGCAUAGCACAUCACUACCCUUUUGUGGUUUUGAGCGCCUUUUAUUUGUGCACUGGAGGCAGAUAUUUGUCAUGUUGUUAAUAAUUGCUCUACUAAAUUGUACCCAACAGUGUACAUCACUGUAACCUUGUUUAUUCACAGACCUUUCAUUUUCUUCCUGUACUUUCCUUAAGCUUGUUUCUGACGGGUGAUGCGUUCACAUGCGUUUUCAAUUUUAAAGAACACAAUCCGUUCAUUUCACUAGGCAUCUUUAUUUGCUUAAAGUGGGGGAGGAAUCAGAUCGCAGUUAUGUUGUAAAUAAGUCCAUCCGCUUCCUCCCCUUUGCAGGAAAAGCUGGGGGUGACAGCAAAGAGAGCCCAAAGAAAUAGAAAUUCUACUAGGUUUUUAUGAACUCAGGCCUUAGAGCAAAUAGAACUAAAUCUGUGGAGUUGGUGGAGGGAGGUGACAAAAAUGCAAAUGGUGUUUUGUUAGAGCUUUUACUCUAAGGCAUUCCAGUAUUUCCCUUCUCUUCCUUCCACUACCCUGACCCCACUCCAGCCCCAUGGUCAGAAUCGAGGGCACGGGGCGCUUCCGAAGCCAGAAGGAGAACAAGAAUGAGGCUCUGGGUUCAUCUGUCCGGGUCAUCGUGAGAGGUGCAAGCAGAAAGGUAGCCGAGAGGGCCUCGUUUUUUGACCUCUCUAAAGCUGCCAUCAGAGAAACUCCUAAAGAAAUUUCUG